UAUACCGCACGAGAAACUGCUCUGUAGUUGAAAUUUGAAUUUGGCAGACUUCGUGCCCGCGUAACGCGAUGUGGAAUUAUUAUUAAGUGUAUUGCAAUUUAUAUCGUUUUUUGUAGAGAAUAUUGUUCGACAAACGUUUAACAGUGUUGUGAAGUUUCGUUUUGUGUGGUGUGUUUCAUCGAUGAAGAGAACGCGGUUUAAUACAAAGGCAAAGUCGGGCAAUGAAGGAAUACCAGUAAAGGAUACCAGUAAAGAUGAAACAGGAAUGGAAUCGAAGGACAAUGAAUAUCAUUUAGAGGUACAAGCUAAGAAUUUACUUAACGAAAAAUUAAAUAAUUCGUUAGCAAUGUUACAAACUCAAAGUGAAGUUAUCGAUACUGCAAAGUCUUCUAGUACGUCAUCUUCAGAAGAUGUUAAGGCUUCUGACAAAAGUGGAGAAAGUAAACUUAAUUUAAAAAGCUUGAAAGACAGGAAUAAAAGAGUUAAUGAGGAAUUAAAACCAAAUACACGUCCUGCAAAAAAUAAACCUAGGGCUGUAGUAGAUCUUGAAAUGAUGAAGGAAGAAUUAAAACAGUUAGAAGAUCCACCUUUAAGUACAUGGGAAAAAGAGAUAUGUUCUAAUAGGCUGCCAUUCUCAUUUUUUGAUUCCCCUUGCGAGGACUUAGCUCAAAAUUUAUUAGGGAAAGUACUAGUUCGUUACCUUGAGAAUGGAACUAUUUUAAAGGGCAGAAUUGUUGAAACAGAAGGUUAUUUAGGUGUGGUUGACAAAGCAUCGCACACAUAUCAGAAUAAAAUUACUCCUCGUAAUAUACCAAUGUAUAUGCCACCAGGGACUAUCUAUGUAUAUAUGACCUAUGGCAUGUAUCAUUGUUUCAAUAUAUCUAGUCAAGGUAAGGGGUGUGCUGUUUUAAUAAGAGCUGUCGAACCCUUAGAAGGUAUUGAAUCCAUGGCCAGUCAACGAACUUCAAAGGGAGCUAGUGUACCUAAACAACCUAUGAAAAAUUUGAAAACACAUGAAUUGUGUAAUGGUCCAUCAAAGUUAUGUAUGGCUUUUCAACUCCAUAAAAAGCAUAGUAAAUACUCCAUGUGUUCUUGGAAAGGUUUGUGGAUUGAAAAUAGCAACACAGAUGAGAAGAUUAAAAUUGUAAAGUGCCCUAGAAUAGGCAUAGACGGCUAUGGAGUAGAGUGGUCAAAUAAACCAUUACGGUAUUAUAUUUAUGGUAACAAAGCCGUGAGUAAACGAAAUAAAGAAGUUGAAUCAUCAUUGGGAUUAAAUUAAAUUAAUA